CUCUGAAUUAGGAAGUAAUGAAAAUAAAAACUUAUCGCGAUCUCCGUCUUUAACAUCAUUUGAUCCAUGGCCAUCACUUCUUGUCUCUCGAAAACUGCCACCAAGAGGGAAGAAUGUAUCCGAGGGUUGUUGUGAACUAACGAAUAUUCGGGGUAGAUGUGAACACUGAUGGUGCUCUGAUGAGGAUGCUGGACACAAACGAAGGGGGUCUGGUGGGGGGAGAUGGCAUGGUGCCGGGGGGGCUGGGGAUCGGGGCGCAGGACACCAUCUACCUGUGCAACUUCCGCGUGUCUGUCGACGGAGAGUGGCUCUGCCUCAAGGAACUGCAGGAUGUCGAGUUCAACAUUCCCGACUCAUUCCCAGAACCCUCCACUCCAUCUCCCAUUGAGCCACACAUUAUGCUUGCUCGUGAUCCGGUCAUUAUAGAGAGGCGAAAUUUAGUGAAUAUUUCAAAAUUAAUUGUUAAGGAACUAAUUGAGACAUCUCUGAAGUAUGGACGUAUGCUGGACUCUGAUCACAUGCCUCUGCAGCAUUUCUUUAUUGUUCUGGAACAUGUAUUGCGACACGGAUUGAAGCCCAAAAAGGGUCUUCUGGGUCCAAAGAAAGAGCUGUGGGAUAUUCUUCAGGUGGUUGAAAAACUAACAUCAGAAGCACAAGACAUUACGGCUAGUGUGAGGGAUUUGCCAACUGUAAGAACUCAAAUGGGUCGAGCUAGAGCAUGGCUGAGACUGGCCUUGAUGCAGAAGAAGCUGGCUGACUAUGUCAAAGUGUUAAUCGACCACCGAGAUGAUGUCCUGGCCGACUACUUCGAGCAGGAUGCACUCAUGAUGAGUGAGGAAGCCAACAUCAUUGAGGGACUUCUCACCGGAUUGAAUGUGAUAGACUGCAAUUUAUGUGUCAAGGAAGAAGAUCUAGAUUGCCAACAAGGUGUAAUCGAUUUUUCUCUGUACCUGCGCUCAAGCCACCAUACCACCACCAUCGCACCUGAAGAAAGCCUAUCUGGAGGCGCCAAUGACGAUCUCGAUCCUGAUAACAUGACCACCGUUCUCGAUCAAAAGAAUUAUAUCGAGGAAUUGAACCGACAUCUUAAUGCUACUGUGGGAAAUCUACAAGCCAAAGUUGAAUCAUUAACAACUACAAAUGCGCUAAUGAAAGAGGACCUGUCUAUUGCGAAGAAAAACAUUCUCACUCUCAUGGAAGAGAAUGCAAAUUUGAAGUGCGAUCGCUACGAGUUGGGAAUCGUUCAUAAGAAAGAAGAUAGUUCAGAAUCAAAACCAAAGGAUAGUGAAAUUGAAGCUCUACAACAACAAUUGGCAGAGGAGAAGAAAUUGAGACAAGAGACUGAACGUGAAUUACAUUUACAGAUAAGUUUGAAAGCCGAAAUGGAAGUUGCUAUGAAACUCCUUGAAAAAGAUAUUCAUGAGAAGCAGGAUACAAUUAUCUCAUUGAGAAGGCAACUGGACGAUAUUAAACAGAUCAAUCUCGAAAUGUACACUAAACUUCAGGAAUGUGAAAGUUCAUUGAAGCAAAAAACAGAGCUUAUAACAAAACUGGAAGAUAAAGCAUUUGCUAUGACUGAUACCUUGCAAAAGCUGGAUGAAAAGCAAAAAGAACUGGAUAUGUUGAGACAAGCUUUGAACAAAGUAACAUCUGACGUUGAAGAGAAGAAAGUUAAUCUAGAAACUGAAUUGAAAAUUGAAAAACAGAGAACUCAUUCGUUGCAGUCUUCCAUGGUUGAUGAAAGAGAACGAAUUUCGUGUCUCCAACAAGAAGUCAAGCAACUUCAAGCCGUUGCUUCUAAAUACGUGACCUUACAAGAGAACUACUACAAACUGGAAGAAGAGUGUAAGGAGCAAGAACUGACUCUACAAGAACUGGGAAUCCAGUUGAGCAAAAGCAAACUGCAGGUGUCUGAUCUGCAGGAAGAGGCGAGUGUGAUCAGGUCGAAGCCAGAUAGUGCUCUGUGGGCUUCAGACAAAGAGGCAGCUAACUGCAAAACUUGCAAUAAGGAGUUCAAUAUCACUAGAAGAAGACACCAUUGUCGAAAUUGCGGGGAAAUAUUCUGCAACGCGUGUUCGGAUAACACGAUGUCGCUGGCAGCUGCAGCUAAGCCGGUCAGGGUCUGCGACGAAUGCCACGAACAACUAGUUGCCAGAUUCUCAAUUGUCCAAUAGUCCACAUGCAUCCACUCAUGCAAUACAACAAUGCGCUUACUAAUAUUGGAAGGCACCAACUGAACCAUGGUGCAGUGCAGCUUUACUGUAGGUAGAAAGUCGUUCUGUUUUUCAUCAAUUGACAGUAAUUGUCAAUUAUUUAUGUAUCAAUUAUCUGGUGCUUAAUUACUCCAAUAUUACUAUAGUAUUUUUUACUUAUGAGGCAUUUGAUUUAGUUCCAGGCUGGGCUGCUCGUUUGUCCAGAUUUCAUUGAUCUGGACAAAUCAAAUGAUCUAGAUCAAUGAAUCAUUGAUCUGGACUAGCUUAGUAAGCCUUACUGAUGAAAUAUUAUUAUUGUCGUCUAUGUAGUCUGCUCUUUAGAUGGAGACAUUUAUUCUAAGAGGCAAGUAGUCACUUUAAAUCUAAAAAGGCCAAUGUUUUUAUAAGAUCCACAGGCUGUAAAUAUUUAGAAUAUGAUAACUUAGUGUAGUUUCAUUUUUUGGAAUUGCUAACUCAGGUGUUAAAGCAUUUAGUUUCUGUGCGCUCAAUCAAAAAAGAAGAUGUUUUCCCUCCUUUUAUCACAAGUUACUGUGUCAAAUAGCUUCAUACAUUAGGUAACUCCUAUUAUUCAAAUAUUUUAUUGGUAUUACUAUUCUCAUAUAUUUAGGAUAUGAUACAUUCCAGAAUAUCUUAGAUCUAUUUGAAACAGUGAAAUAUUAACUUUUAAUAUCCAAAAUAAGACUAUUUCAUCUUGAUUUGAUAGAAUAUUUUUUUGAAUUUGGCAUUUUUAAUUCUGUUCUAAAUCAGUCCUAAUUGAAUACAUCACACUAAAUUAUAUUUUAUGGAGCUCAAUUUAUAAAAUAUUAUUUUCAUUACUGAAAUGUCCUAGGUGCCUUCCAUGCCAUGUUUGUGAUUGUAUUUUGUAUUUAUUCAUUAUUUAUAGAAACUUGACGAAUUUAAAUUUUUAUCAAAACCAGAUCCUAUAUUUUCAUAAAUGCUGCUAUAUUAGUCAAUUUAUUCAAAACAAAGUGAAAAUAUUUACUGUUUGUGUAUAAUAGUAUUUAUAAGAUUGUUGAAAUUAUAUUGUAUAUGAUAUUG